ACAACACAGUCGAUUGCAGUGAAAAUGGAGUCCUUUCCACUGUGGCUGCGAUUCUUGGCUCUAAUAUGUAGCGCUUACACGGUGUUGGCGUACGUACAAGUCAUCCCAAGUGGUACGCAGAUUUUAGAUUCCGGUGACAGUAUCACACUAUCCUGUGAAGCAACUGAAUCGGCUACCAUGGAUGCGUCCUUUGAGAUCGACGAAGAUUGGGAACCGCAGAGAAAUGCCAGAAGACGGCGAAGCGUGGAUGUGAAUCCUUCGCCAGCCGUCGGUCACUUGCGGAGGUCAGAGCGUGCGACGGGUACAACAACGAUUACCAGUGAGUUGAAUAGCCUAGGCCCCUUGGAUACACAUCGAUGGGUUUGUAAAAGUGAAAAUAAAGACGGUGAACCCAUCAGUGUCGAAACGGACACUGUGGAUAUCGUCGUCGUACAAGUGGAUACUGCAGACAGCGUCAUGGUAACCAACGGUGACGAUUCCGGUGCCGCCAUCUGGUGUACUUGCGCCGAACUGAACCCGAGUUUGUGUAGUAUCACUUGGAAAAAAGACGGCAAGCUAAUAGAUUCUCCGUCGGGAGGUGAAAUAGACGUGGACGGUGACGACAUACCGGAUGCGUUGAUGUCGAGCGAUACGCAAACGCUCGCGUUCAUGGGAAACAAGCAGUCCGAUUCCGGGGUGUACAGAUGCACCGCAGAGGUGACCGUAGAUGGGAUAAGUAAGACUAUGCCUUCAGUUGACAUCAACGUUGACAUACGUACUUCAAUUGACGUUCCUCCAAACACAGAUACUGAUCACUGUGAUGUAGUUAACGAUGAAACGGACACUGAUGGCGUAGUUCUGAUGUAUUUUCAACUACCGGACUGGGAAGGGCAUAAAUCGUACUCUGGAAACUUAGUGUUCAGCGUGAAAGCCGCCAGUAGCGUUGUCGUCCGCCUUCAAUACAGUCAGAGCAGCAUGAAUUACUUCGAAAUCAUCCUCGGAGCCGACUCUAACACCAAGUCGAUCAUCCACCGCUACAUCGGUACUAGUACGGACACAGUAUCUGCCGAGACUCCAAGGGUACUGGACUCUUCAACUUACAAGACGUUCGUCAUUUCUUACGCGUACGACAUGAUCACCGUCCGAAAAGACGACGAAACCGAGGCGUUCAUUCUCCUGACGCACCGCGAUGCUAACGAUUUCACUCCCGCAAUUAAUGUCAAACAAGUAGAGUACGGUACAAGAAAUAGAGUGGAAGGCAGCUUCACCUUCUGCCACCCAGACCCACGAGACAACAGAUUUUACCUGUCGCCUCCUGAAGAAGUAUGGGGCGCCAUUCUUACGGCCCUAAUAGGAUGUUUCGCCGUGAUCAUUGCGAUAAUUCUGGCCACCGUCACAUGCGGAAAAGCGAGUUGCUCAUGUGAUUGCUCUGGAGAUGAUACCACAGACGCAGCGGAGGAUAGCUCAAAACUUGCAGUGGGUAUAAAAAGUGACUUUCUGCCCCUGUCGCCCUCUUACGGUGGUCGUGAUGAGAAGAAAAAACGAAAGAAACACAAGAAGCACAAGAAACAAUCGUGGUCUCCACGGGAUGACUACAGUGGAAGUUACAGCGAUUAGGCAACGUCCGAAGGCGCUGUGUUCUUGCUGAAAAUAACGUAAACUGUACACGAAUCAGACGAAAAUGCAGGACAAAAAUCAUCGAAUAAUGUUUAAAUGACAUUGCCCAAUCGAUUUGUGCCAUACAUGGAAUUAAAUUGACAUUGUCAGAGUAAACAACUGAAUCGAAAGAUUAGGCGCAUGCCAACCUGAAAUUUAAAAGAUC